AUGAAUCUAAUUCAAACAUCAGCAAAACAUCUUUCGUGUAGAAAUAAGAUCUAUGGUUUUUUUUGUAGAAGAUAUGCCAAGGAAGCUUUAACAGAUAAACUCCGAUUGACAUUUUUACUUCCUCAUAGUAUUCUUUAUAAAGCUCAAGAUGUGUUCCAAGUAAAUAUACCAGCGACAUCAGGAAGUAUGGGUAUUCUUGCGUUACAUGUUCCUACGAUUGAACAGCUUCAUCCUGGUGUUGUUGAGGUUAUUGAAGAAAAUGGUGUAUCUAACAAGUUUUUUGUUUCUGGAGGUUUUGCUACUAUGCAACCGGGUUCUGAUUUAUUUAUUAAUGCUAUCGAGGCAUAUCCAUUAGAUGAUUUUAGUUUAGAGGCCGUAAAUGAAAAUCUCCAAAAGGCUCAGAAAGUUGCGUCUGGAAAUGGAAGUGAGGAAGAAAUUGCUGAGGCAAAAAUUCAAAUUGAAGUACUGGAAAACUUACAAACAAGUUUAAAAUAAACUAAAUACAGUAUACGUAGAUACUUUCUUAUAUUAAUGUUAUUAAAGUUAAUGAUUAGAAAUAAAUAUCUUCUGGUAAUACAAAUAUUUUAUCCCCAUUUUCCCUUAUGCUUUCCCUGAAUUUGUCUCGGCUAAGCGGUUUUCGCAUAUCUAAAAUAUUAAUAUAGUAUUUUUAAAAGUAUGCACCUGCCUAAUGCGUCUUCAUCAUCGCCUUUGCUUCCAUUAUAGUAUUUUAUGACUCUGCGAAAAACAGAAUAUCCAAGGGAUUUAUACAUACUAAUUGCAGCAAGAUUGCUAUGUCGUACAAAUAAAUCUACAAAAUAUCCAUUAUACCUAAAAGUAGGUCAUCUUUUUGUAUCAUUUUUUCAAUUAAGUCUACAUAUUUUCACUUAUAUUUUCGAGCAGUUUUAUAAGAUCACGGGCAACACCAAGUCGACGAUACUCUGAUGCAACGGACAAGGCUGUAAUAUGACCAUGCCAUUGCUUUUUUAUACCUUCUGUUUUUCCCAUUACUGUUUAGUUUUUAUUACAUAUAUUUCUAUGUAAUGCUAUUCAUACCAUAACCCAUUAAUUUUGUCUUCCCUUCAAAUAAUGAUGUUUCUUGAACCAAAAAUAAAUUAGGCCAUGUUGCCAGAUAUGAAAGAUAAAAAGAAAUAUUAUACUUUUGUUUCGUUAACAAUAUGUUAGUAUUAUAAUAGCAUUAUAUCUACUGUUUCUGUUAAAAUAUCAAGAUUUCUAAGCUGGUUAUCUUUCAGUUACAAAGAAAAUAAAACAAAUAUACAUAUUAUUAAACGAAAAUAUAUCUGUUGCUUUAAAACGACG